UCCCGCGAGGAGGAGGGGGGUCGGGCAUGGAGGUUUGAAUAGGGAAGUUUGCAGGGCUCAGUUGCUCCCCUUCCAGUCUAGUUCAGUGUUUGCAAAUAGAGUCACUUGAACGCAAGCGAGAGGGGGGACGGUCAUCUGCUGAAAACAAGCGCUUCGUUUGCAUCGCAACCUGCACGCAACUUCCAACUGAGGGAUACUUGCUCGGCAGCGUCGUUCACACUUCUUUCGCUUGGGUUCUUGGUUGUUAUUGUUUCUCUUUUUUUUUUGUACCAGAAACAAAAAUCUAUAUAUAUAUUUAAAGUGCAGCUAAAUAGGCUUUCUACGAACAGACUCGGGAAAAAAUGGAUGUUUUACCCAUGUGCAGCAUCUUUCAAGAACUUCAAAUAGUUCACGACACGGGCUAUUUCUCAGCCUUACCAUCACUGGAGGAGUACUGGCAGCAGACAUGCCUGGAGCUGGAACGGUAUCUACAGAGUGAGCCUUACGUCUCGACAUCCGACCUCAAGUUCGAUGGCCAGGAGGACCUCUGGAGCAAGUUGAUCUUGGCCUGUGGGGAUAAGGCUAAGGCCGAGUCUGACCCAAAGAUCCCUCUAGCCCGUGAGGAGGACAAUCAGGAUAGCCAAAUCUUGGACACCAACAGUGUGAAUUCUGAUGCCAGCAGCGAAGCUUCAGACAGUUCUGAGGAGCUCUCGCCCACACACAGCUUUACCUCCAACCCUCUGGGGUCUGUCUUGGUUGGCUCUGGACCUUUUAGCCCCUCCAUCAUUAGCACUCCCCCAUCUUCUCCAGAGGCCAACUCUGAGCCCAGUAGCGUAUCACCGGCCUGGGCCAGUGCACACACCGAAUUGCACUUGCCGGUCAAAAUCAGGACCAGCGGGAUCGGAAAGACUUCGGAAAAGACGGGACUCGUCUGCGGAGACACAUCGCCAGACGGCAGGAGGCGAGUACACAGGUGUCACUUCAACGGGUGUCGCAAGGUUUACACGAAGAGCUCCCACCUAAAAGCACACCAGCGCACUCAUACAGGUGAGAAACCAUACAGGUGUUCAUGGGAGGGCUGCGAGUGGCGUUUUGCACGAAGUGAUGAGUUGACCAGACACUUCAGGAAGCACACUGGGGCAAAGCCAUUUAAAUGCAGUCACUGUGACAGACGCUUCUCCAGGUCUGACCAUCUGGCUCUUCACAUGAAGAGGCACAUCUAGAGCAGGGCGAGCACCGACCAACCAACGCAGCGAAGGGGAAAAUAAAACCGCCGUCUCCCAACCAGUCUCUUGGUUGAACUGUCCCAGAGCAGAGUGGUGGGAGUGUGUUCCAGCCAAAGCAUGCCGUUUUGCACCAUACUGAAACCCAGUGCCUCCGGGACCUCUCUUUGGAGAAAGGCGCUCUGAAGGUUGUCUGUUGCGACAAGUGGACAAAAUCAUGGAUGGAAGAAUUUGAUCGAGAAGGACUUACAACACAAAAAAAUAAGAAAAAAAAAUAAGAAAAAGAAACACAAAAAGAAUGAAUGAUUUGUAUGUAUGGUGCAUGAUGUUUUGGGGACAUCUCCCGGACAGCAGAUACACUGGUACUUUACAAAAAGAAAAACUGUCUGAGGUAAGCAUGUGUGCACUGUGAAUGUCUGAGACUGGCUGACUGGCCCAGGUCAAGAGAGAGAGGAGAGGAAAGAGUGGAUGGAUGGAUGGAUGGUCUGGGGCUGGUACCAGUGUUGCUGUGGACUGAAUGGGUUUCUGGGGGGGAAACAUGUUCCAUUUUUGUUCCCCCACUGGCAGAGUGAGGAAGGGGAAGGGGAGGAAUUUCAUGCCUGUCAGGCACCAAGACUGGGGGCUGGGUUCCUUCUCCGAACCUUUUGAGGCCUUGGGUUUGACCAGUAAGAGGGAUGACUCGAUGCCCUCUGGUCAGUGACUCAGGAGCCUAAACUCCCCCUGGUCAUUGUAUGAGAGGAGCUUUUUUUGGUGUUUUUGGUGCAGCUACUAAAUGUGCAAUGUGUUAUGUAGCCUGGUUUAUUCUAUUUUUACAAGCUACAAAGCUCAUUUGUAGUCCAAUUGUAUAAGCUGUGUGCUUAGAGGUAUAACACAAUUAUACUAUAACUUCAGUAUCAUAGACAGGUGUUGCAUGGUUCUAGGGUUCGUUCAUUUCCUGUUUCCACUGUAAUCAGGACUGCAAAUAGUUUCAAUAAAAGUGCAGCUAAAAUGCGAACGGUUAAAUGUUACAAUAUUGUACAUAAAGCCUUGAUGAUUUUUGUUUUCUACUUUACAACUUCAUCCAUCUUCCUCAUUCUUAUUUGGCUUGAGAUUUCACCUCUGCUUCCUCUCAUGAAAUUAUUCAUGGAGCUUUUUUUCAUUCAUUCUAGGCCUUGAGGACUAAUUUAGAUUUUUUGUACUUUCUUUCUGUUUUCUAUCAAAUAAUGCACUGUUGACCUUAAUGGUGCCUUAUGCAAGUGACUUAGCCCUGUGGUUGUGGUUUGCUCCCUGGGAAGUCAUAUUUGUUGUAUGGGUGAUUUGAAAAGCUUUAUCAAGGCUCAAUUGCAGAUGAACUUGCACCUUCUCUGUUUAACAACAGCUGUCCACUCCUUUUAAGAUUUUACUUUUCUUGCAGGGCCCUAUGAUUUCCACAAUGCAGAAAACACAGACAAAAUUGCAGAAUUUGAUAAUGGAAGCGAAAGCAACUGUAAAAUGUCUAAUAUCGCGGAAUUUGCCAAAAUUUGCAUGUGAUUCUUAAAAGUAAGGGGUUUCCCUACCAUUAGUCAUUUUUUCCAUAGCACCUAAGCCAAAUGAACAGAAAAAACUCUACUGAGAGUCUCUACCACAUUUUGGUGUCAUUUACAUGCACGCUGCAGCAGUUUGUGUACUCUGACCGCUGUGUGUCUGUGUUUCACCAAGGGGGGGGGGGGCGGCUUAGCCCCUCCUCCACACACACACACACCGCAAAACACAGAAUUUGGAUAAAAACAGAUUUCAUAGGGCCCUAGUUUAUUAUUAUUUAAAAUGUAGAUACAGUAUUUACUUUUUCCAUAAGAGAUGCUUCUGAGUAAAAGCACCAAUUCAAUCAAUGUAUAUCACAUUCAACUGAGUCAGAACAUGUAAAUAAGACAAAUGCUGUAUGUUUAGAGCACUUAAAUUCAUUUAUUAAAGAAAUUAACUACUGUGUAGUAUGUACUGUAAUCCAUCACACACAGCUCAAAGGUACAAAAUAACAGAUCAGAAUAAUGAACAUGGAUCUUUCUGCGUAGGACGUGGCUGAACUCAAACAGAACACAACGCUGCUGCUUUAACAAUACUUGGCACCGGCUGAGGAUUCAAGCCCCAAUGUAGACGCCCUCCCCACACACACACACACAACGCCACCCUCUCUGUCCCCCUAUCCCUCUAUCCCUGCAAGCAGCACUGAAGAAAAAGCUAAAGAUUUAUUGUAAUUAACAGGCUCCAGUUGGACAGGCCUUGCCUUGUACUGCCUCUUAGUAAUGAAUUGCUAAAGGCUUUGUUGGCAUGGAAUCUGUCACAGACUGCUGACUGUGUAGGUUGGUUAUUGACCUGUCUGGGGAGCGUUGUUUUAGCCAAGCUGCAACAGUAUUAUGAAAACCACGGGAGCGAGUGAGGGGGCGGGGGUGCUCUGGAGGAGAUAAAGAUCAUCCAUUUGAGCUGAACCAUUGACAGUAUGCAUGGAAAAUUGGCAAUGCCCCAGACAAUAUUUGCCCUAAAAGUGAAUCUGUAUUUGUUUAUUGGAUUUUUAUUGGGGGUGGAGGAGGAGGAAGGGGACUUGACAAAGGCAGAGACCAAAAUAAUUAUGGGGAUUAUGUCUAUUACUCCUUUAUUUAACUCCAGGAUAAAGUGAUCUGUGCCACCCACUCCAGAUCAGAGACCUGCUGUAGUAGAGUGAAUUCGAUGUUGCAGCAAGCUGCACUGUGGCAUGCUCCGACUUAUGGAUUUCAGAUCAGUGGGCGAAAGAGACAGGAUGAGUACAAACUUGAAACUGCUUGCUGCAAUAGAUUUUGGAGUGCUGGCAAGGCCUUUUCUGGGCAAGGAGAGGAACAUCCAUUCUUUGAAACGGCAGCCAAUACUGUUCAAGUGGUAAUUGAGCCUUGAUUUAGCACCAUGUUUGCUUGCAUCUUAAAUACUUUCCAUCACUUUUCUUCUCUCUUUCACCCCCUCCACUACCCCAACAUGUUCUGUCAUUCACACACAGCUCUUUGUUCUCAACUGAAUCUUUGUAUAAAAAGAAGAAAAAAAAAACUUUUGUAAAAUUGUUAUGUUUAUGCUUUAUGAAAUUUUUAUUUGAAAUUGUUUUGCAAAAUUGUUAUAUUUCUGUAUGAAUGUAUUUUUUAUUGGAAUAAUAAGAAAUUCUUAUCUGA